ACGCACAAGAAUUCCAUCAAACAACUGAGAGAUGUUGGGGUCCAAAGAUGGAAGAGCGGGAGGAGAGAAAGAGGAAGAGCAGAUUUAAUCAACUCUCCACUCAUUAUUUAUGUUCCCUCGUUCUCUCCGUUUCCUUUACUUGUCUGCAAAGAAAGUACUUGCACCGGGAAGCUCGUGUUUUUACUCUUCUGCCAUUAUCCUUGAACCCUCCUGUCAUCUUCUUCAACUCCUGCAACGCUCCAUCAACGCCAGAUCUCUGAAACUUGUACAGCAAUGCCAUGGCCAAAUAUGCUCUCUUGGGUUCCAUCAGAAUCCGUUUCUUGCCACGAAACUCAUCUCCGCGUAUUCCAUAUGUGGAUUUCCAGGAGAUUCUCUCCUUGUCUUUGAUUCGGUUCGCGAAAAGAAUGUCUUCCUUUGGAACUCAUUGAUUAGUGGGUACGCUAGAAACCAUGUGUUCGAAGAGGCCUUUGAGCUUUUUAAUCAAAUAUGCAGAGGGAACGAAAUUAUGCCGGAUGACUUCACUUUUGCAACGCUUUUGAAAAUAUCUGCUGAGCUCCAAAGCCCAGAGACUGGGAAAGUGAUUCACUGUAAGUGUAUACGAAUGGGGUUUGUUUCAGAUACGGUUGUUGCGAAUUCCCUUAUGUCGAUGUACAAUAAAUCUGAGAACCUUAGUAAUGUUCGCAAAGUUUUCGACGAAAUGGCUCAUAGAAGUUGUGCUUCUUGGAAUGUUUUGAUAUCUGGGUACGCUAAAUCUGUGGACCUUGAGUGUAAUGAGGGUAUGUGGAGGCUUGUGAACCAGAUGCAGGGCGAGGGAGUAAGACCUGAUGCAUUUACCGUUUCUAUUAUUCUUCCUCUUUGUGGAAGCAACACUGGAAAACGGGAUUAUGGAAGGGAGAUUCAUUGUUUUGUCAUUAGAAAUGAGCUGGCUUUGGAUUCAGAUGUCCAUGUAGGUUGUUGUUUGAUCGAUAUGUACUCAAAAGGAGGCAAUGUAAUCAUAGGUAGACGGGUUUUUUACCAGAUGAAUUCUAAAAAUGUUGUUGCUUGGACUGCAAUGAUAAGUGGUUUUGUGCAGAAUGGAGAACCGAAGGAGGCUUUAUCACUUUUUCAUGAAAUGCAUUUGAGAUAUGGAAUAGAACCCAAUAGGGUAUCACUUGUAAGUGUCCUUCCUGCGUGUAGCUCCCUUGCUUGUUUGAUGGAAGGGAAGCAAAUUCAUGGUUUUGCUAUCAGGAAGGAUAUAUACAAUGAAGUUUCUCUAAGAAAUGCUCUAAUUGAUAUGUACUCUAAGUGUGGGAGUUUGGUUUUUGCAAGGCGGGUCUUUGAUGAUGAUUCUUGUAAAGAUACAAUCACCUGGAGUUCAAUGAUUGCUGGAUAUGGAUUAUAUGGAAAGGGUCAGGAAGUCAUUGUUCUGUUUAAUAGGAUGCUCCAGCAUGGGAUUGAACCAGAUGAUAUUGUGUUAGUGGGAGUCCUUUCAGCUUGUGGUAGGUCAGGAUUGGUAUCCGAGGGCUUGGACAUCUACAAUUCUGCAAUGAUUAAGUAUGGGAUUUCACCAACGGUGGAAAUCUGUGCAUGUGUGGUUGAUAUGUUAGGUCGAUCGGGCCACCUCAAUCAAGCAUUAGAUUUGAUCUGUAAAAUGCCUGUGAAACCUGGUCCUAGUGUUUGGGGGGCUCUUUUUGCUGCUUCUGUAAUUCAUGGGAACUUGGAGAUGCAGGAUUUGGCUUAUAGGUCUCUUGUGCAGUUAGAGCCCAAAAACCCAUCAAAUUACGUAUCUCUAUCAAAUGUGCAUGCUUCUUCUGGGAGCUGGGAUAUUGUAGCAGAAGUAAGAAUGACAAUGAAAGAAAGGGGUCUGGGUAAAUUGCCUGGAUGCAGUUGGAUUAGCAUCAAUGGCAAGACUCAUUCUUUCUAUGUUGCAGAUAAAUCACACCCUUGGUCAGAUCACAUAUACAAGAUGUUAGAUGAAGUCGUAUUAGCAAUGAAAGGAACUGGUUAUGUUGAUGGUUUUGAGAACUUGACAGAGAUUUCUGUGGCUGUUUGAUUGGUUAAUUGGAUCAAAUGUGAGCUGUUACCAUGAAGGUGGACAACAAUCUUGUCAUCUUUAGUUGUAAAAUUGAUUAACACCUCGUCUUCU